ACUGGCUGCACAGGAAUUCCGAUACUUCGUCCAAUCCUCACAGAACAUGUGGAAGAAGGCCAUCACAAACCUCUCGGGUCUGCCCACCACAAUGUCCUCCCCGCUGAAGUCGCUAUGUGUGCUCAUUACGCCGAACGACAUGCGCGUACAGACAGUGAAAAACUACGCCAAUGGCGAUGCUAAAACUGUAUUGAACAGGCUCAAAACAGGGAUCGGUAGGAAGCCCUUCGGGCGAAAACCUCGCACUGACCGCACGGGCCCGUCGUGCACGUGUCCCGACUGCGGGAAGAGCUUCCUCAGCCCACACUUCCUGAACUUGCACCUGAUAAACAGUGGGCAAAAGGAGGCGUGUGUGCUGUGCGGCGAUGUAGUGUUACGCGGCCAGCAGAUGAAGGAACACAUGAGCGCUGCGCAUCAUACUGACCUGCUACUCUGCAAUGAAUGCCCGCUGUUGUUCUCCAACGAACAGGAGCUGUCGAAGCACAUUAAAAUAUGUCACCAACCAGGUUGUUUAACGUGCGGUGAGUGCGGCAGAAGUUUCCCUAGAAAAGUGGCGUUCGACCAUCACACACAGAUGCAUAUGGUGCGGACUUGUCGCAGCUGCGGCGCGCAGUUCACGAACCGAGGCUGUUACAGGGAGCACAGGAUGCAGUGCGAGCCCGAUGCGAAGCCUAGCAUGGACAGCGUGCCGCGAGCCCGCCGGUCUAACAUUCGCGACCCGGCGACCUACACGUGCGACUACUGCGGGAAGACGUACUCCUCGCGGCCGCAGCUCAAGAACCACAUCCUGUGGAUCCACAUGGACGUGCGCCCGCACCAGUGCCAAUGGUGCGGGAAGCGGUUCUACACGCCGGCACGACUUGCCGAACACACAGUGGUUCACACGCGAGUGCGGAACUUUGAGUGCGACAUAUGUGGUGCAAAAUUGGUGACAAAAAUGGCGGCGAUAUACCACAAGCGGCGGCACACGGGUGAGCGGCCGUACAAGUGCGAGGACUGUGGGGAGAGCUUCAUAUCAUCCUCGCGCAGAUCAGAGCACGCCAAGCGGAAGCACAAUAGAGGCAUAAAGCCCCAGUGCCAUUUAUGUCCGGCCAAUUUUGUCAGGAAACAAGAGUUGAAGAGGCACAUAGAGAAGAACCACACGUCACACAGAGCGAAUGUUUGAUGGUGUAAAUUGAAUGAAAAUAAACAUGGGUAACCCCAGGUCCUAGGCCUAUUAACGUGUGGUACCUGUUACGGUUUCCCGCGUAUUCCUCUAAUAAUGAGUUCUCGAGUCAAUUCCGUAAAUAAAUUGGGUGGCAUGGCAUGGACUUCGUUCUUCCGUUAAGAUUACUAUAUUUAUAGGUAGGUAUAAUUGAUGAGUUGAAAUAUUAAAUAUAAAUUACACAUAUUAAAAGACUGCCUUUGUACAGUCAGUGUAAGACACACAUCAAUCGGUAGGUAAUGAUUUAUUAAAAUUCUAGAUAUUGUAUUCUUGAAGUGAUAUCUGUCGUAAGAAAUUGACACAAAUAUAUAUAAUUAAUUUUUUUUUUUUUUUGGUAAUUGACCCCGCCGUCAACACCGGGGGAAAACCGGGAAUACUAGAAUCCUCCGGCUUUGCGACUGCAGGGUCCUGGAGGAAAGUUAGUAGGGGAUAGCAGGAAAGGAAGUGUUUGGAAAGGAUAAGGAAAACUCUUAGAAUGGGAGGAGGGGAGAAGCAUAGGAACUGUUCGCGAGCCUUUAUGUGAAUUGGCAAUCAUGAGGUAUAUACACUUAUGUAACUGUGUGCCUACUGCCUAGAGCCGCGACAAAUGUCCUAAUGUAUGGGCGUGCAUACCAUGCGCACAAGAAUUGCCUCAGCGGGGGAUGGCACGAAUAUUGUCGUUCACUUCGAAAUACUAUAACUAGAAAUUUUAUAAUAGCUACAAAUAAGUUUAUAUGGUCUUUGUAAUGAACAGGGUAAGUACAUUUUUUAGGUUGCACAUUUUAUUUCCCGCCAAUUUGUAAACAUCGAUAAAAAAUGGCGGCAAAAUAGACGAAACACACAAUAUGAAUUUCUCCACUUAUUAUAGUUGUAAAUGGGGAAUAUAGUAUCUACUUGAUAAUUAUUAAUUUAACUAUGAUUUUAUGGAUACUACAAGUCAUGAAAACAUGAAAAUUGUUUUAUGCAGUAAACACGACCAAAGUAAUUAUUUUUACUCAUUUUUAUAAUAAGGUCGCAUGAAUCCAGAUUGUUUCUGACAUUCUUACAAUAGUGAUUAUAAAUCGGUGUUUUAACCAAUGAAUUGUUCUGUUCUUGAAAAAAAUUGAAAGGCAGUGCUGCUGAGAUGGAUUAUCUGUAUAUGGGACAUAAAAAAAAAACCUGUGUAGAUUUUAGUUUCAGCGCCCUUUUUUUAUGUCCCAAAACUGUAAUUUUUAUUUGUAAAUGGUUCUGUCAGCUUGUUAGUACGUAAUUACAUAUCUAAUAUAAAAAAUCUGUACGAAAAGCUAUAUCCAAUUUUUUCGACGAUCCUUUUUUUUAGAUCCCAAUAAUACUAUUUUGGUUUGUUAAACCCAUCUUCUAGUACGAAACCGAAACAUAAAUCUAACAGCCGUUACAAUCCCAAUCUCAAUCUUCAAUCGAUUCCGAGAAUGAACCAAUCAAAAUAAGACAUUUGUGAGCACGUAAAAAAACUGUUCUGAUUGGUCCAUUUUCGAGAUAGGUCGAAAAAGCGUGUAUUUAUUGAAAACAGUGGUAAAUUUGCAAGUCUUUAAAUCUAUAUCUCUAUUAAUAUGUGUAUCCAUUUAAAAAAUUUAUGAUGUGUUAAAAAUCUAUAAAUACAUAAUGACGGUCUCCAAGAAAAACAUCUCAUCUGCAAAUUGACUAGUUGCAGUAUGAAGGUUUUAAGUGAAAAUAUAAAAAUAAAUUUUACUUAUUUCAAAACUAUUGAUUGUUAUCAAAAAUUUAUUUAAUUUCUAUUUUGAUGUGAGUAAUUGAUUUUUAUAUUUUCACCUUACUUAGAGAUGUGAUUUUGUUCGUGGAGGCCGCCGAUAGUGAAGGAAGAAGACACGAUAAGGCUUAUUUUUAUGGCGACGAGCAUAUAAAGCCAUUCCGCCAACCACUUGUAAAGUUAUUCAUCGAAGAUCUUUCUUGAUUGAUAAGUUAUUUUUUUUAACGAGUGUCUUAUGAAAGUUUUAUAGAGCCAAGCCUACGUACUUUGUAAUGAGUAUUAUUCUUUUGUAAAUAUAGCGUUUUAUUUUUUCCUGUUAACAUGUUCGGUAUUUAUGAUUUAAACGUGACAUUCAUUUAGACUGCAAUUAUUAGAAAAAUAAUAAGUAUUAUGCAAAA